AAAUCAAAUCAAAUCAAAGCAAAGCAAAGCAAAUCAAAAGCACACGAUUUUAAUCGAUACAAAACAAUCAACCGAUAAACAUCGAUAGAGAAACCGCACAGAACAUGGACUCCUUGGAGCGGCUGAUGCGCGCCGCCCCGCUGCCUCGGAUGCUGACGAGCGGCGUGGUGGCCACCGCUGCAGCAGCUGCCGCCACAGCCGCCACCGCUGCCAGCGGGGGCAAGGGCAGCGCCGGCAUCGAGCAGCGUGCCCUGGUGCAUGCCUCCCUGGCGGCGGCCACAGUGGGACGGAAGGGCCGCCACCUGACGGGCACCUUCUGCCUCACCGGCGACACCAUGGAGGGCAUUAUACAGUGUUUGGUAUUUCUCAAAGCAUUCUCGUUGGUCGGCGGCGAAUUCGAUAUGGAAUUGAAUUUUGUGAUACAGGAUGCGCAGAAUAUCAAACAUAUGCUGGAGCUAUUGGAUCAUUGUCCGCCCAAUUUGCAGGCGGAAAUUUGGAGCGUUUUCAUAGCGAUUCUGCGUAAGAGCGUCCGCAAUCUGCAGGCCUGCACAGACGUUGGUCUCAUCGAGCAUGUCCUCGUCCGGCUGCAGCGCUCCGAAACGGUUGUGGCAGAUCUGCUCAUCGAGAUGCUGGGCGUUUUGGCCAGCUACAGCAUAACAGUCAAGGAGCUGAAGCUGCUCUUCGGAACGAUGAAGGCAACGAAUGGCAAGUGGCCGCGGCACUCGGCCAAAUUGUUGAACGUCCUGCGCCAAAUGCCGCACCGCAAUGGGCCCGAUGUGUUCUUCAGCUUUCCGGGCCGCAAGGGAUCGGCCAUGGUCCUGCCGCCGCUGGCCAAAUGGCCGUAUGAGAAUGGAUUUACCUUUACCACAUGGUUUCGCCUGGAUCCCAUUAAUUCGGUGAACAUUGAGCGCGAGAAACCCUACCUCUACUGCUUCAAGACCUCUAAGGGCGUGGGCUAUACGGCGCACUUUGUGGGCAAUUGUCUGGUCCUCACAUCCAUGAAGGUGAAGGGCAAGGGCUUUCAGCAUUGCGUCAAAUACGAGUUCCAACCGCGAAAGUGGUAUAUGAUUGCCAUUGUGUAUAUAUACAAUCGUUGGACGAAAAGCGAAAUCAAGUGCCUCGUUAAUGGACAGCUGGCCUCUUCGACCGAAAUGGCCUGGUUUGUCUCCACAAACGAUCCCUUUGACAAGUGCUAUAUUGGCGCCACGCCGGAGCUGGACGAGGAGCGUGUCUUCUGUGGCCAAAUGUCGGCCAUUUAUCUGUUCAGCGAGGCGCUGACCACCCAACAGAUCUGCGCCAUGCAUCGCCUGGGGCCUGGCUAUAAGUCGCAGUUCCGCUUCGAUAACGAAUGCUAUCUGAAUCUGCCGGACAAUCACAAGCGGGUGAGUCACUUUCAACUGUUGCCAGCCUCGUCGCUGAUGGUGGCUGGGGGACUGGGCGUCAGCGGUGGUGGGAGCGGCAGUGGAGCGGGCAGUGGCAGUGCCACCGAUGCCGCUGCGGCAGCCGCCAGCGGCCAACAGCAGUUGCAGCUGCAGUUCCAGACCCUGGCCGCCGAGCAGGAGGCUCGGGCCAUCGACUGGGCCGACGAGCGGCUCGAUCUGAAUGCGGCGUUUGUCAAGAUCCGGGCAGUGCUUACCGCACGCAAUGCCGUGACCCUGGCCGCGCUACCUGGGGCAGGAACAGCAGCGGGAGCCACGGCUGCAUCAGCCACUGCUCCCGGAGGAGGAGCAGCAACACCCAACGAGAGCGGCAGCGGCGGUGGCAACAUCAUCGUGGCUGAUCCACAGCAGCAGCACCAGCAAAGCCCAAUCCCAAGCCAGGGAUCCGCUGGCGGCACUGCGGACGAUCCGCUCGGCCAUUUGCCCACUGGAAAUGCUUCUUUUGACCAACUGCGUCGCAUGUCGAGCAGCGUGAGCAGCCUGAACACCGUAUCCGGUGCCGACACCGAGGAGAUCAACCAGCUGAAAGCUGUGCUGUACGAUGGCAAGCUGUCGAAUGCCAUUGUCUUCAUGUACAAUCCAGUGGCCACCGAUGGCCAGCUCUGUUUGCAGUCAUCCCCCAAGGGAAAUGUAUCAUACUUUGUCCACACGCCGCAUGCGCUGAUGCUGCAGGAUGUUAAGGCGGUGGUCACGCACUCGAUACACUGCACCCUCAACUCCAUUGGCGGCAUCCAGGUGCUGUUCCCGCUGUUCUCGCAGCUGGACAUGGCCCACGAGGGCAUAGGAGACAUCAAGCGGGAUCCCUCCCUUUGCUCGAAGCUGCUGGGUUUCAUCUGUGAACUGGUGGAGACAUCGCAGACGGUGCAGCAGCACAUGAUCCAGAACCGGGGCUUUCUGGUCAUCUCGUUCAUGCUUCAGCGCUCCUCCCGUGAGCAUCUCACGCUGGAGGUGCUCGGCUCGUUCCUCAAUCUGACCAAAUAUUUGGUCACGUGCCUGUCGGCCAACAGCGAUCUGCUGCUGAAACAGUUGUUCUGUUUCUCGUUUCUCACGUGGCAGCUGCUCGACCACGUGCUGUUCAACCCAGCACUGUGGAUCUACACGCCGGCGAAUGUCCAGGCCCGACUGUACUCCUAUCUGGCCACCGAGUUCCUCAGCGACACUCAGAUCUACAGCAAUGUGCGACGCGUGAGCACCGUCCUACAGACCGUGCACACCCUCAAAUACUAUUACUGGGUGGUAAAUCCACGUGCCAAGAGCGGCAUCAUACCGAAGGGCCUAGAUGGACCGCGUCCAGCGCAGAAGGAUAUACUGGCCAUACGUGCCUACAUCCUGCUGUUCCUCAAGCAACUGAUAAUGAUCGGCAACGGGGUCAAGGAGGAUGAACUGCAGAGCAUACUCAACUAUUUGACCACCAUGCAUGAGGACGAGAACCUGCACGAUGUGCUGCAAAUGCUCAUCUCAUUGAUGUCGGAGCAUCCCAGCUCCAUGGUACCUGCCUUCGAUGUGAAGCACGGCGUGCGCAGCAUCUUCAAGCUGCUGGCGGCCGAAAGUCAAUUGAUUCGCCUCCAAGCCCUCAAGCUUCUAGGGUUCUUCCUCUCGCGAAGCACACACAAGCGCAAGUACGACGUGAUGUCGCCCCACAAUCUCUACACACUGCUGGCCGAGCGCCUGCUGCUGUACGAGGAGUCGCUGUCGCUGCCAACCUACAAUGUCCUCUACGAGAUCAUGACGGAGCAUAUCUCGCAGCAGAUCCUCUACACACGCCACCCGGAGCCAGAGAGCCACUAUCGUCUGGAGAAUCCAAUGAUACUGAAGGUGGUGGCCACACUGAUCCGCCAGUCGAAGCAGACAGAGUCGCUGAUCGAUGUGAAGAAGCUGUUCCUGCAGGACAUGACGCUGCUGUGCAACAGCAAUCGGGAGAACCGGCGCACGGUGCUGCAGAUGUCCGUGUGGCAGGAGUGGCUCAUCGCGAUGGCGUACAUUCAUCCCAAGAACAGUGAGGAGCAGAAGAUCAGCGACAUGGUAUACUCGCUCUUCCGCAUGCUCCUGCAUCAUGCCAUCAAGCACGAGUAUGGCGGCUGGCGCGUCUGGGUGGACACCCUGGCCAUCGUCCACUCGAAGGUCUCCUACGAGGAGUUCAAGCUGCAGUUUGCCCAGAUGUACGAGCACUAUGAGCGGCAGCGCACGGACAACAUCACUGAUCCCGCUCUGCGCCAGGCCCGGCCCAUCAGCACGAUCAGUGGCUGGGAGCGCGAGGAGCUGCAGCAGCAGCAGAACGGAGGAGGAGCUGGAGCUCCACCGGCUGCCAUUCAGAGCCAGGCCACGGUGCCGGCUGUGAAGGGAGCCGUGUCCAUUGCCUCGCUGGAGGAUGUGGCCGCCGUCGUCGAGGAGGAGGACGAUAUGGAGGAGGAGACCGUCGAGGAGCUGGAAAGCUUUGAGCUACCUGUCGAUGGCGAAGUAGAUCCCCAGGACCCCGCAGAUACUGCAGAUCCCGAUCCCGAUCGCGAUCCCUCCCUCCGUCCCGGCAGCGCUGAUGGAUCUGAGGCCCCGACGGAUCAGGAGGUGCCAGCCGUGCCGCCGAGCACCAAGUCGGUCAUUGCCAACAUUUCCGACGUGUACAACGAGCAAAUCAAAACGGACGAAGCGCUCCAGGCCACGUCCACAUCCGCGUCCACUCUGGUACCGGCGCCCACCUGCAAUGGCAGCCUCGAGUCGGAGCUGAAGCUGGAAAAGGAGAAGAAGCCGCAGUCAGAGGUGGAUCCCACGGCCACACCUUCGGAGGGAGGCCAGGCUGCGCUAAGGAAAGCCCUGCAGCUAGGCGACGACAUGGAUGUGGAGGAGCUAGAGCUGGCCACGGCCAAGGAUGCCCUCGAUGUGGAGCAGCAUGUGGCGCAUGUUCUGCAGUCCUCGGAGGCGGCGCUCAACGACUGCAAGCUGGUCAUGGACGAUGUCCUGCAGGAGGCCUCCUCCGUGCUGAAGGACGAAGAGAUUGAGCUGGCCGUCAACGAAGUGGUCCAGGGUGUUCUCAACAACGAGAAGAAGUCCCAGGAGCAGCAGAAGCAGCAGGAGCCGCAGGAUAAUGUCAGUCUUCUGAAUAGCAAGAAUCUGCUCAACAACAACUACAACAACAACAAUAAUCCCAGUCCCAGUGAAGAAGAGCGCAGAGAGGUGACCACCACCAGAGCCGCAGGGGAUGGAGAGGCGGAUGCGGAGGCGGAGACGGAAACGGAGGUCAAUGCCAACGAGAUCACCAACCACAGUGCCACAGCCACUCCGCUACCGAAGAGCGAGAGUCCCGCGGAAGCAGCGGCAGAAAAAGCGAAAGCGGAAACGGAAACUGCGACGAAAGCUGAAGCGGCAGCGGCUGCGCCAGCGGAAGCGGAACCAAGCCCGAGCCCCACACUAGAAGCAACCAAUCAAAAGACUGAAGAAGCAGCCAACAAGCUGAACAAUAACGAGAAAGUCGAGCAGCCAGAGAGCAGCCAGGAGAGCAUCUCCACGCCCGACAUCAGCGUCAGUCCGGACACCAGCACAGAGCCGGAGAACGAGGAGAAUCUUCUCCUGCUGCAGUUGGCCGAGUCCGAGGCAGAGCCCCAGUUGAAGUCCGAGGUACAGCACUCAGCCGAGCCAAGCGAGGAUCUGGUGGAGCUGGCAGUGCGUGAUAUUGUGGAGCAGCUGAUCGAAAAGGUGAUCGAUGCCACAGCAGCGACAGACGCCCCAGCCAAAGCCGAGACGGAGACCAACAACAACGAGCUGCCCGGCUCCAAAGGAACGGAAACGGAAGCGGAAGCGGCAGCGGCAGCCAUAGUCGUGCCUGAGGAAGUGAAACCCCAACCGGAGGAAACACCCCAAAGCGUGGCAGCCGCAGCCGAAGAAAUUGUCCACGAGGUGGUCGAGGCUGCUCUUGUCCUCGCACAGGAAUCCCAACCAAUCCAAGAAGAGCCAGAGAAGACAGAGGAAACGGACACUAAAACGGUAAAAGAGGCCGACACCGAAACGGAAACAAAGGAGCAUGUGACGGCCAUUGUAAACGAAGUGCUGGACACACUGGUGGAGGAGACCGUGAAAGCAGUGGGCGAGACCGUCAACGUUAACAAGGUGGAGGCCUCAGAGCAGACGACCCAAACUUCACCGGCACCGCCGGAGGAGCAGCCAGAAGAGCAGCAGCCGCCUGCUACAGUGGCUCCCACGCCCGGCCGGGUCAAGCCCAUGGAGGUAGACUCGACCACCCAGACAACGCCAAAGAAUGAAGCUGGUAUCGGUGUCAUCCCUUCGCUGUUGACCCAGGAGGAAGUGCAGCUCCAGGAGGAGGAAUCCCAGACAGGGGAGACAGUGGAGGACUGUGAGGAGCCGUCGUCGGGCAUCGAGGGAAACGCUCAGCUCGAGUCCAGUCACUACGCGAAUCCAGCCGGUGGAGAGGCAAAACAGCAACAGCAGCAGCAACCGCAGCAGCAGCAGCGCUCCAAAUCCGGCUCGACGCGUCCCAUGUUCAGUCCGGGACCGACGCGUCCGCCCUUCCGCAUACCGGAAUUCAAGUGGUCGUACAUCCAUCAGCGGCUGCUCAGCGACGUGCUCUUCUCGCUGGAGACGGACAUCCAGGUGUGGCGCAGCCACUCCACCAAGAGCGUCUUGGACUUUGUCAACUCCAGCGAGAACGCGAUCUUCGUGGUAAACACGGUGCAUCUGAUCUCCCAGUUGGCCGACAAUCUGAUCAUCGCCUGCGGUGGACUUUUGCCUCUGUUGGCCAGUGCCACAUCUCCGAAUUCGGAGCUGGAUGUGCUGGAGCCGACGCAGGGCAUGCCCCUGGAGGUGGCCGUAUCCUUCUUGCAGCGUCUCGUUAACAUGGCCGAUGUCCUGAUCUUUGCCACCUCGCUGAACUUUGGCGAACUGGAAGCCGAGAAGAACAUGUCCAGCGGUGGAAUACUGCGCCAGUGUCUGCGUCUCGUCUGCACCUGUGCGGUGCGCAACUGCCUCGAGUGCAAGGAGCGCACCCGCUACAAUGUGGGUGCCCUUGCACGGGAUGUGCCCGGGGCGGCGCAUCUGCAGGCACUCAUACGCGGCGCCCAAGCAUCGCCAAAGAACAUUGUGGAGUCAAUCACCGGUCAAUUAUCGCCCGUCAAGGAUCCCGAGAAGCUUCUGCAGGACAUGGACGUGAAUCGGUUGAGGGCCGUCAUCUAUCGUGAUGUGGAGGAGACGAAGCAAGCGCAGUUCCUCUCUCUGGCCAUUGUCUACUUCAUCUCCGUGCUGAUGGUGUCCAAAUACCGCGACAUUCUGGAGCCACCAGCAGAGCCACAGAUCCAGCGCCAGUCGCCGGUCCUGCAGCGCACCUCAGGCGGCGAAGCCGCCAGUGCGCGCCCUCUGUUCCCCCAAUGGUCGCACCAUGUCUACCCGCAAUUCCUGCCCGAGUCGCACCAGAAUCAUGUGGCUGCCGCCUCCUCCAUGCAACACCAGCAGCAGCAGCAACAUUACUACCACCAGCAACAGCAACAGCAGAUGCAACAACAGACAUCCCAUAACCAUAGCCACCAUCAUACGAGUAUGACGGCUGCCUACUACCAGCAACAGCAGCAGCAGGCAGCAGCUACACAACAGCAGCAGCAGCAUCAACAGCACCAGCAGCAGCAACAGCUUGGUGGCAACAUCUCACCCACACCCUUGGCCACGCACUCGAGCAGCUCGUCCGCAAGCUCGACAGCCACCUCGCAGCCGGCCUCGAGCUCCUCGCUUUCCUCGCUGGCCUCUCAAAGCCACCAGCAGACGCACCGGCAGCUCCACAAGCAGCAACAGCAGCAGCAGCAACACUACCAUCCUCACCAACAGCAGUCCCACUAUGGAAUGAUCAAUGGCCAUCAGCAGCAACAGCAGCAGCAGCAGUUGAAUGGGAAGCAUUAUGGGGAGAAUGGAUCCACAGCUGGCUAUCAUCCGCACCCGCACUCUCAUUCGCAUCCGCAUGCUUAUGUGCGCAACGGAGAGACUGCCACACAGCAGAAUAGAUUGGCAGAGUACCAGAUGCCUGGAGGAGCAGCCGCUGGCACUGCAACUGGAACUGUAGCUGGAGGAGCUAUAGCUGGAGGCCUGGUGAAUGGCCAUGCCACGGGUGGUGGCAACAACAAUAAUGCCAACAUGAUGAACAACAUGCGGAAUCUGAGAAACGGCCACAGUGCUGCCACAUCAUCUGUUGGUGGAGCUGUGGUUGGGACAGGAGCUGGAUCUGGACCUGGACCUGGAUCUGGAGGCGGCAUGAGCAACAUGAACAUGAACAUGGGCAUGGGAAUGGGCAUGGGAAUGGGUAUGGGGAUAGGUAUGGGAAUGGAAGGAGACGGUGAUGUUGGCGUAGGCGUAGGCGGAGGCGUGGCGUACAAGACAAACGCCAUAAACAAUAAUUACCGCUACAAUGGACAACGCACCGCAUCCGUUUCCGGCUCUGGAACAGGUGGACGCCAGAUCCAGGACAGCGACUAUGAAAUUAUUGUCGUGGAUGAGAACAAUCCGUCGGUGCUGGCGGAUAAUGAUUCGCAUUCGAGCGGACCGCCAUCGAUCAAGGCCAACAACCAGACAUCAACAACAGCCCAUAAUAUUUACAACAACAACAACACUAAGACAACAACAAAAACAACAACAACAAAAAGUACUACCAUUACGACAGCAGCUGCAGCUGCAACAACAACAGCAACAACAACAACAACAAUUAAAAUUCAACAACAACCAUUGUCACCACCAAAGCCAAUGGUGCCACAGAGACUACCAAAGAGCGUCGACUCGGACGUGGGCUCCCUGAACAUGAACUCAACCGAAAACGAAGUUCCCGAGGUGGAGUCCUCCAGCGAGAUCCUGAUCGAUGACCACCACAAGCCCAGCCACUCGAACGACGAGAGCUGGACGGAUGUGAAUCUGAACGAGGAUGCCGCCGUUCAGGCGGCCAGCGCUGGCAUGGUGGUGGGACUCGUCGACGGUGGGGACAAGCACGAUCCCUCCUCGGCCACCCAUCCCCAUUCCCAGCAUGGACAGCAGGGAGGCGCCGCAGGAGCAGGCGGGCCACAGCAGCAGCAGCAGCAACAGCAGCACGGACCACUGGGUCAUGGGAUCAUGGGCGGAGAGCGGGGCGACAAGCCCGACUCGGAGAUCUCUGUGGUGCGGGUUCCCGAUGGCUAUGGCAGCGGCUCGACGGGCUCUGCCUCCGGGGCGCCCGUGGGACCCGGCCAGGGCGUCGGCGGUGGCCAACGUCCGCGGCCCGAGGAGCUGCCAAUGAAGGCCCCGGCACUCGUGGCCCAGUUGCCGCUGACGACGCCCUCCCGGGAGGCGAGUCUCACACAGAAGCUGGAGAUCGCCCUGGGACCGGUGUGUCCGCUGCUGCGCGAGAUUAUGGUGGACUUUGCCCCGUUCCUGUCCAAGACGCUGGUCGGCUCGCACGGCCAGGAGCUGCUGAUGGAGGGCAAGGGCCUGACCACCUUCAAGAACUCACACUCGGUGGUGGAGCUGGUGAUGCUGCUCUGCUCACAGGAGUGGCAGAACAGCCUCCAGAAGCACGCCGGCCUCGCCUUCAUCGAGCUGAUCAACGAGGGCCGUCUGCUCUCGCACGCCAUGAAGGACCACAUCGUGCGCGUGGCCAACGAGGCGGAGUUCAUCCUCAAUCGGAUGCGGGCCGACGAUGUCCUGAAACACGCCGACUUCGAGUCACAGUGCGCCCAGACGCUGCUGGAGCGGCGCGAGGAGGAGCGAAUGUGCGACCACCUCAUCACCGCUGCCCGUCGCCGGGACAAUGUCAUCGCCAGCCGCCUCCUGGAGAAGGUGCGCAACAUCAUGUGCAACCGCCACGGCGCCUGGGGCGAUGUCAGUGGAGUGGGCGUGGGCGCGGGAGUGGGGCCAGUUGCGAUCCAGAAGAGCACCUACUGGAAGCUGGAUGCCUGGGAAGACGAUGCCCGCCGGCGCAAGCGGAUGGUGCAGAACCCCCGCGGCUCCUCCCACCCGCAGGCCACGCUGAAGGCGGCCCUCGAAAACGGAGGGCCCGAGGACGCCAUACUGCAGACGCGCGACGAGUUCCACACCCAGAUCGCCGUCUCGCGGGCCCAUCCCUCGGCCCAGCACAACGGAGAGCUGCUGGACGAUGCCGAGCUGCUGAUCGAGGACCGGGAGCUGGACCUCGAUCUCACGGGGCCGGUGAACAUCAGCACGAAGGCGCGCCUGAUUGCCCCCGGACUGGUGGCCCCUGGCACCGUCUCGAUCACUAGCACGGAGAUGUUCUUCGAGGUGGACGAGGAGCAUCCGGAGUUCCAGAAGAUCGACGGCGAGGUGCUCAAGUACUGCGACCAUCUGCACGGCAAGUGGUACUUCUCGGAGGUGCGCGCGAUCUUCUCGCGCCGCUAUCUGCUGCAGAACGUCGCCCUGGAGAUAUUCCUGGCGAGCCGCACCUCCAUCCUGUUCGCCUUUCCCGACCAGCACACCGUCAAGAAAGUGAUCAAGGCCCUACCGCGUGUGGGCGUUGGCAUCAAGUACGGCAUACCGCAGACGCGCCGCGCCUCUAUGAUGUCCCCCCGCCAGCUAAUGCGCAACUCGAACAUGACCCAGAAGUGGCAGCGGCGCGAGAUCUCCAACUUCGAGUACUUGAUGUUCCUGAACACGAUCGCGGGGCGGACAUACAACGACCUCAACCAGUAUCCCAUCUUCCCCUGGGUGCUGACCAACUACGAGUCGAAGGACCUGGACCUCAGCCUGCCCUCCAACUACCGGGAUCUGUCCAAGCCGAUCGGCGCCCUGAAUCCGUCGCGUCGCGCCUACUUCGAGGAGCGGUACGAGAGCUGGGACAGCGACACCAUUCCGCCCUUCCACUACGGCACCCACUACUCGACGGCGGCCUUCACUCUCAACUGGCUGGUGCGCGUGGAGCCCUUCACGACCAUGUUCCUGGCGCUGCAGGGCGGCAAGUUCGACUAUCCGGACAGGUUGUUCUCGUCCGUGUCGCUGUCGUGGAAGAACUGCCAGCGGGACACGUCGGAUGUGAAGGAGCUGAUACCAGAGUGGUAUUUCCUGCCGGAGAUGUUCUACAAUGCCUCCGGCUACAGACUGGGACACCGCGAGGACGGGGCCCUGGUGGACGACAUCGAGCUGCCGCCGUGGGCCAAGAGUCCCGAGGAGUUCGUACGCAUCAAUCGCAUGGCCUUGGAGUCGGAGUUCGUCUCCUGCCAGCUGCACCAGUGGAUCGAUCUGAUAUUCGGCUACAAGCAGCGCGGACCCGAGGCCAUCCGGGCCACCAAUGUCUUCUACUAUCUCACCUACGAGGGCAGCGUCGAUCUGGACGGCGUCCUCGAUCCGGUGAUGCGCGAAGCGGUCGAGAACCAGAUCCGCAACUUUGGCCAGACGCCCAGCCAGCUGCUGAUGGAGCCCCAUCCGCCGCGCAGCUCCGCCAUGCAUCUCUCCCCCAUGAUGUUCAGCGCCAUGCCCGAGGAUCUGUGCCAAAUGCUCAAGUUCUACCAGAACUCGCCGGUCAUCCACAUCUCGGCCAACACGUACCCACAGCUGUCGCUGCCGUCCGUCGUCACCGUGACCGCCGGGCAUCAGUUUGCGGUCAAUCGCUGGAACUGCAACUACACCGCAUCCGUCCAGAGUCCCAGCUAUGCUGAGUCGCCCCAGUCGCCCGGUUCCAAUCAGCCGCUGACCAUCGACCCGGUUCUCGCUGUGCACGGCGCCAAUAACAACAGCAAUGCGGUGAGCCGCCGCCAUUUGGGGGACAACUUCAGCCAAAUGCUGAAGAUCCGCUCCAACUGCUUUGUGACCACGGUGGACAGCCGUUUCCUGAUUGCCUGCGGCUUCUGGGACAACAGUUUCCGCGUCUUUGCCACCGAAACGGCGAAAAUCGUACAGAUAGUGUUCGGACACUUUGGGGUGGUCACCUGCAUGGCCCGCUCGGAGUGCAACAUCACAUCCGACUGCUACAUCGCAUCGGGAUCGGCGGACUGCACGGUGCUGCUGUGGCACUGGAAUGCCCGCACCCAGAGCAUUGUGGGCGAGGGCGACGUGCCCACACCGCGGGCCACCCUCACGGGCCACGAACAGGCCGUCACCUCGGUGGUGAUCAGCGCCGAGCUGGGCCUAGUCGUCUCCGGGUCAUCCAAUGGUCCCGUGCUCAUACACACGACGUUCGGGGAUCUGCUGCGUUCGCUGGACCCGCCAUCGGAGUUUCAUUCCCCGGAGCUGAUCACCAUGUCCCGGGAGGGCUUCAUUGUGAUCAACUACGACAAGGGAAAUGUGGCCGCCUACACUAUCAAUGGCAAGAAGCUGCGCCAUGAGACGCACAACGACAAUCUGCAGUGCAUGCUGCUGUCGCGCGAUGGCGAAUACCUGAUGACCGCCGGCGAUCGUGGCAUCGUGGAGGUGUGGCGCACCUUUAACCUAGCACCACUCUAUGCCUUCCCCGCAUGCAAUGCGGGCAUUCGAUCCCUGGCCUUGACACACGAUCAAAAAUAUCUGCUGGCUGGACUCUCCACGGGCUCGAUCAUUGUGUUUCACAUCGACUUCAACCGCUGGCACCACGAGUACCAGCAGCGCUACUAAUCGAAGCCACUGACAUUCCAAUCCUAGGAGAACACGCGCCGAUCCCCGCCAAGGAGAAAGAGAGUGAAAGCAGAUGUACUUAAAAGAAUGUUGAAUGGAGACGGAGAGAGAGAGGGAGAGGGAGAGCAGCAGCGUGCGUUCGAGGAAUGGGCGUGAGAUGAUCGUUUUUUUUUCUAUAGACCUUUACAAACUUUAGGCUAGUAAGCAACACUAUGGUUUUUUUUUGUCUAGUAAUAAUUGUGCGUUGGUGUGUUGGUCGAAAACAAAAGGAAAAUUACAAAAAAAAAAAACAAAAAAAAAACAGAACAGAAAAGAUAACAUUUUUUUACUAGAUUUACGAAUUGUAUGUUAGGUUAUGGCAAUGGAAAUGGCGACAGAGAAAAGUGCGGGGAAAAGAGAGGAGCAAAAGAGGAAGUAGGAAUGGAAUAAAGAGAGCUAAGGAGACGUGGAGUCGGCUGUAGGAGGUAGGAAGCGGCUUAAGUAAGUAGUUGAAGUAAGACAAAUGAAGUUAGUGUUUAUAAAACGCAAUAAGCAGUUAAUAAAUAUAAAUCUACAACUAAAUCUACAGCUAAUUCCCACAUGCAUUACUAUAAUAACAAUUGUAGCAAAGUUCUCAAAAGAAAGUAAAUCGAUAACAAGCCUAAAAAACGCAAUUAAAGGAAGCCGAAGAAGGCGGAAACGGAAGCGGGAAUAUAUAAUGAAACUAAAGCGGCCAAAAGUAGGAAUGAGAGAAGCGAGGAGCAAAGAGCAAGGAAAUAAAGCCAAUUUUUAAUUAUAGCGUUAGUUCUCUGAGCCACACACAAAGCUACCCACAGAUAUACACAGAUACACGAAAACACACACAGACAUCUACAAGCAAAGUAUAGGCGAUAACUAAGAAAGGAGGGAAUAGAGAGAGAAUAAAGAGCGGAAUUUUAAUACACACAGACACUCCCACACAGACGCACACCGGCACACACACUGACACGUAUAGGUAUUUGUAGCUAAACUAAAACUAAUUCUUAGCUCCGCAAAACUAAAUCUUAAACCCCUAAAUUAUCACAGCACUGCUAAAACGGGCCACACAUAAAUAUACACGAAUAUGAAUAAAUAUAUACAUACAUUUAUCCAACCGAA